AUGCCAUCAGACAAUUCACACUCUUUGCUUCCUCGUUCGGAUUCUCGGAAUCCCGCAACAACAUGUAGAGGAACCACGGCGCAAGGCCGCCCUUGCCGUCGCGCCUUGGCGUCCCCUCAACCAUCACCUGCUUCCACUCCUGGAAAGAGGAACUCUCGGCAGGAAGCUAUAGAUAGUGCUUCUUUGUACUGCUGGCAGCACAAGGAUCAAGAUGUGUCGAGUCUUCCAACGAACCCGCCCACAAGUGUUCCUUCGAACAAUCCAAGGACGAGUAUUGACACCUUGAUGGAUCGUCUGGGGGUGCUUGAAUUGAACGAUGACCCAGCUUCGAAGCCAAAGCCUAAUCAGAGACGAUGGACUUAUCAAAAUGGAAUUUAUCAAAAGCGUCGUCCCAAGAAGAAGAGCACAUUCUGCUGUUUUACCAUUUUCGAGGACAGCGAUGAUGAAAAGCCUUUGCCGGCUCAAAGGCCCACAUCUCACGGUCCACAAAAUGGCAUGUCGUCUCAAAGGCCGAAUGAAAAGAUUUCCGUGCCUUCUUCGGCGGGAAAGCCGCACAGUGGACGGAUUUCAUCGGCUCAAGAGGCCCAAUCAACAAAGCCUGGCAAACACCAAGGCUCCUGGAUCCCGUCAACGCUCCCUCCACAAACAGCCUCCACCGUCAGCGCAGAGUUGGAAAAGCCCAUAUCAGACGCAGACGAAGAUGGCUAUAUCUAUAUGUUCUGGGUGACGCCUCCAACCACCACCACAAGUCGAGGAAUCGACGCCUCAACAACAAGAGACAUUGCUUCAUCCCUGCUCCCUCAAACACCAGAAGCCAGCAGGGGUCUCCGCCCACCACCCCAGUCUCGUAGCAUCAGUGAAGCAAUUCGCGCGGCUCAGGAUAUGAACGCACUUACCUCGAACCCCACCUCCACCAAACCGGGCACCCUCAGGCUGAAAAUCGGGCGCACAAGCAACAUUCACCGUCGGAUGGCCGAAUGGACUCGACAGUGCUCGUAUGAUCUGACUCUUAUUCGAUAUUACCCCUAUAAGCAUGCGGACUCGACGUCCUCCUCGCCUGCCAGGGUGCCGCUGUCUCAUGGACAGAGCCAGUCUCUUGCUGGUAUGGUACCAGGGCGAAAGGUCCCGCAUGUGCAUCGGGUCGAGCGCCUGAUUCAUCUUGAGUUGGCGGCUUUACGUAUCACGGACUUGGGUCAGUGUCCUGAGUGUGGAAAAGAGCAUCGGGAGUGGUUUGAGGUUGAGGCUGCGAAGGAGUCGCUGCGUAGUGUUGAUGAAUGUAUUCGACGUUGGAUCUCUUGGGCGGAGUCGCACUGA